AUGGCGGAAGAAAUUCAACCUCUCGUAGUGGACAAUGGGUCGGGUAUGUGCAAGGCCGGUUUCGCCGGAGACGACUCUCCUCGUGCCGUCUUCCCCUCCAUCGUCGGUCGACCCAGACAACAGAGCAUCAUGGUUGGCAUGGGCAACAAGGACAGCUACGUCGGUGAUGAGGCACAGUCCAAGAGAGGCAUCCUCACACUCAAGUACCCCAUCGAACACGGCAUUGUCACGAACUGGGAUGACAUGGAGAAGAUCUGGCACCACACCUUCUACAACGAACUCCGUGUCGCCCCAGAAGAACACCCCGUUCUCCUCACCGAAGCCCCUCUCAACCCCAAGGCUAACCGUGAGAAGAUGACCUCCAUCAUGUUCGAGACCUUCAACGUCCCCGCCAUGUACGUCGCCAUUCAGGCCGUGCUCUCCCUCUACGCGUCUGGUCGUACCACCGGCAUCGUCCUCGACUCCGGUGAUGGCGUCAGCCACACCGUCCCCAUCUACGAGGGCUACGCUCUACCACACGCCAUCCAGCGUCUCGACCUGGCUGGACGCGAUCUCACCGAGUGGCUCGUCAAACUCCUCACCGAACGCGGCUACUCAUUCACCACCACCGCCGAACGCGAAAUUGUCCGCGACAUCAAGGAGAAGCUCUGCUACGUGGCGCUUGACUUCGACAACGAAAUGAACACCGCCGCGACCAGCUCGUCACUGGAGAAGACCUACGAACUGCCUGACGGUCAAGUCAUCACCAUUGGCAACGAGCGAUUCCGCUGUCCCGAGGCUCUCUUCCAGCCCAACUUCCUCGGUCUCGAGUGCACUGGCAUCCACGAGACCACGUACAACUCCAUCAUGAAGUGCGAUCUGGACAUCAGGAAGGACCUCUACGCCAACGUCGUCAUGUCCGGCGGCUCCACCAUGUACCCUGGCAUCGCUGACCGCAUGAACAAGGACCUCACCGCCUUGGCGCCCACCACCAUGCGCAUCAAGAUCAUCGCGCCACCGGAGAGAAAGUACUCCGUGUGGAUCGAGCAGUCGAAAUCCAACCCACGAGUGACUUUUCAAUCCAACACAAUGGUGCUGACUGCCGCGGAUGACAGCAUCAUUCCGCUGGUUGUCGACACCGGCUCGAGUGGCUGUCGGGUUGGUUUUGCUGGCGACGACAACCCCAAGGUGGACAUCGCCAGUGUCAAACGCGGUGGAUGGAAAACCGAGCGUCAGCCCAUCCAGCGAGGAAAUGUAGUCGACUGGGAGGGUUUGGAAUGCCUCUGGUGGGAGGCGCUUUCCCAGAACCACAUCACCUUCAUGGAUCACCCGCUCCUCUUCACGGAGAACCCAGUUUCGCCAAAAUUUAACCGAGAAAAAACCGCUCAAAUUGCCUUCGAAAGCUUCGGAGUGCCAGCUGUCUACAUGUCGAAUCAGGCUGUACUUUCUUUGUACUCAGCUGGGAAGACUACGGGACUUGUGUUGGAUUCUGGACAUGGGGUCACACACAGCGUUCCGGUUAUCGAGGGGAACGUGAUUUACCCUGGAGUUUGCACCAUGGAACUCGGGGGAGUCGAUCUAACCGACCACCUGCAGAAACUCACAGGAAUGACGGAGUCCUGCCAAGUGUUGAAGGAGAAGGUGUGCGAGGUCGCACCUCACCCAGAUAUCACUGACACCUCCCAAGUCAAAUUCACUCUUCCAGACGGCAGAGAAAUUUCGGUGGGGGCUGAGCGGUUCCGGUGUCCUGAGGUGCUUUUUCGGCCUGAUCUGAUCGAUGCUGGGUGUCUGGCGGUUCACGAGGCGGUGUAUCACUCGAUCUUGAAAAGUGAUCGCGACAUGCGACGCGAGAUGUACGCGAACCUAGUGCUCGCGGGCGGAUCGACAAUGUUUCCAAACUUCGAGGAACGACUGGUGCGGGAGAUUGCUGUGAUUGCUCAGUCCACCUCCAAGGUCACCAUCACGACCCCACCAGAAGGUGGCAGGUUUUCGGCGUGGCUCGGGGGAUCCAUCCUCGCAUCCCUCUCCACCUUCCAGAAGAUGUGGAUCACCAAGCAGCACUACGAUGAGUGCGGACCGUCUGUAGCUCAUCGAAAGUGUAAUUAA